AUGAAGGUGAAGACACAACAUCGCAGAUUUCCUGUAUCAGACUUCAACUACUUCAUCAUCAUCAUCAUCAUCAUCAUCAUCAUCAUCAUCAUCUCUCGAGUCUACUCAGACACUACUGCACCACUACUACCAUCAUACCAACCUCGAAUGCAACCCAUCCUAUCAACAAACAUGUCUUCACCAGCUACUCAAUUCGUCUACGUUCCCAACCUAGUUGGCGGCCAAAUGCUCAGGAUCCCCAUCGAAGACGUCGAAGCAGAGGGCCAAAUCUCCAUCUCGCAACAACCCAUUGCCAGCCCAACGCUCUCGUCAAGAUACGUUCGCGAAUCAUCACCCUCACCGAGCGUUGAGAGCGUCGACGACACCGACGAGUGA